AUGGACGACUCCUUCCAUUUUGCAUUGCUAAGGAUAUCGAUAGCCCAGAUCCUAAAGGCCAACGGCUUUGAAAAGUGCAAGCCUUCCACCCUCAAUGCCCUCACAGACAUCUAUAUUCAUUACCUUGACAGACUCGUGAAGCAAUCAACACGAUUGUCUCAGUUGAGAAAACGAUCCAACGAUGUCGAAAUCCAAGAUAUCACAGAAGCCAUGAAGCUUACGGGAGUCAUAAAACCAGAAAACUACUUGCAGCUCGAUGACACCAAAGAUAGUGAAAGGCAAAAUGCAUCCUCCUUGACCAAGAAGAGCAAGGCGGCCUACAACACCAAGUCGCUCGACUCGUUUAGAGACUGGGUCAAGUAUAGCGAUUCCUUCAGGGUAUCAAGAAAGUUGAACGAGCUUCCCAGCAAUUUGAUCAAGAAUUUGAUGGAAAAGAGAAAGCUUGUGCUCGAUGACGGGGAAACCGACCAAGAAAAGAAAAAGAAAAAGUAUAAGGAAAGGCAAGACUACUACAACCAGUUGAAGCUCAACGACGUGCUAGGACAUUCCACCAGCAAUAAUAUGAUCAAUGGCGAGGACAUGGAUGACGACGAAAACGACGCCAUUUCCGAGAAGGAUAAGCUCUUCUGGUUGAACUACUUGAUCGAAAAGGACCUCAAGUUGGGGCACGACCUCAAGUUCAUCAACACCACGUUGUAUGACGAGUUUUUGAAGUUUCAGACCAACCCCAAGUUCCACCCGGUGAUGAAAAACUCCACCAGCAACCCCAACGAGGUGGCCGACAAGUACCAGCAGUUGAAGCAGCAGGUGAACAACGUGAACAAGUACGACUACUUGGUGAUCAGCAUUGAAGACGACACCAACGGCGAUGCAGGAGCCAACGGCGAGGACGUGGACCCUGCCACCACCGUCAGGCCGUCGGCCGAAUUGGAAAAAAUACUACCCUACAAUCUCAAAUACGAAAAAUACCUACUAGAAGACGAUCUAGAACAGUUUGUGGGGAACGAGCACAAAGACACAGACUCCGACGACAAGCCCGGGCUGGAGCCACGCGACGAUAGUUUUAGCGUCAACGACGACGGCAUAGGAGGGGAUAACACAUUAAUGUUCAUGUAA